UGUAAUCAAAAAGGAAUAGGCCUACAAAUUCAGUAUUGGUUUUCCUAAAUUAAUUUGUUGGCUGCUACUUAGUUACUUAGUACUAUGACUCCUCUUGAUGUGAAAAUUGGACAGAUGUGGUUUUUUGUGGUCUUUUCUGCUGCAUACAUUAUUACCAGUACACACACAUUGAAACGAGAAGACUGUGAAGUUUGUAUAAAUGUUGUGGAGCGAUUCAGCAAAGGACUGACAGAUGAUCUCAAAACAAGUCAAAGAACAAUUGAACAUGAAUUUCGGAAGUUUUGCAAAACCAUAAAAGAUGACAAAGAAGACAGAUUUUGCUAUUAUGUAGGUGGGAAAGAAGAGUCAGCCACUGGAAUAUUGGGAGACCUGUCAUGGCCAAUCAAAGCUUCAAUGCCAGCAGAUGUUGUGUGUUCCAAACUCAACAAGAAAGACUCACAGCUCUGCGCAUUGAGAUACGAGAAAGAAAUAGAUCUCAAUGCAGUCGAUCUGAAAAAGCUGAAAGUUAGAGAUUUGAAGAAGAUUUUGAACAAGUGGAAUGAAGUAUGUGAAGGUUGUAUAGAGAAAAGUGAUUACAUCAAGCGAAUUGAAGAAUUAAAGUCAACAUAUGUGAAAGAGGAACUUUAAGUGUUUCUGUAAGCUUUAAGGACUGGAUCUAAUUUAUUUAUUUUCAAGACAUAUUUUUAAGUCUUUUGUUAUAAUAAUAAUACCUUUAAAAAUA